UAAAGGAAGACAGCAUCGGCUUGUUUUGUCAUGACAGUUUUGCUUUAGUCAGUCUUCUCAGGUUUUGUACAAACAUGGUUGAUCAGUCAAAAUAUUGGCAUGAUAGUCGCUAACAGAAGCAGAUCUAAGGUAGACGUAAAAAAUAUAGCGUCACUGGCAUAACGUGACACCAACUAGCUUGCUCGACAAUAGCUCGAUAGUUAUUUGUUAGCUAGUCGGCCAGUCAGUGCUCAGCACUGCAACGUUAAGCAGAAUUGCAGUCCAGCGGUGGAAUUCCUGAUACUGCACAGACACAAUGGGGAAUCAACUUGCUGGGAUUGCUCCCUCUCAAAUUCUGUCUGUAGACAGCUAUUUCUCAGACAUCCAUGACUUUGAAUACGACAAGAGCUUGGGUAGCACACGGUUCUUCAAAGUAGCCAGAGCAAAGCAUAGAGAGGGACUGGUGGUGGUCAAGGUCUUUGCCAUUCAGGAUCCAUCCUUGCCUCUCACGAGCUACAAGCAAGAGUUGGAAGAGCUAAAAAUCCGACUGGCCUCUUGUCAGAACUGUCUGCCAUUCCAGAAGGCCACCCUGACAGAUAAGGCUGCCAUUCUUUUCCGCCAGUACGUCCGGGAUAAUCUGUACGACCGCAUCAGCACGCGCCCGUUUCUAAACAACGUGGAGAAGAGGUGGAUCGCUUUCCAGAUCCUCAACGCUGUGGACCAGGCCCACAAGUCUGGUGUUCGCCAUGGUGACAUAAAGACGGAGAAUGUGAUGGUGACCAGCUGGAGCUGGGUGCUGCUGACGGACUUUGCCAGCUUCAAGCCCACCUACUUGCCCGAGGACAACCCAGCCGACUUCAACUACUUCUUUGACACGUCCAGAAGAAGGACUUGUUACAUCGCCCCGGAGAGGUUUGUGGACGGAAGCAUGUUUGCCACAGAGAGCGAUCAAAACACGCCACUGGUGGAUCUCACCAGCAACAGUCAAAGGACUAGAGGGGAGCUCAAACAGCCCAUGGAUAUAUUCUCAGCAGGUUGUGUGAUAGCGGAGCUGUUCGCAGAAGGUGUCCCACUCUUUGACCUCUCACAGCUGUUAGCCUACCGCAAAGGACAUUUCCAGACGGAGCAAGUUCUUAUGAAAAUCGAGGAUCCUUACAUAAGAGAACUGGUAGCCCAGAUGGUCCAGCGUGAGCCAGAGAAGCGUCUGACGGCCGAGGAGUACCUGAAGCAGCAGCGGGGCAAGGCCUUCCCAGACAUCUUCUACACCUUCCUGCAGCCCUACAUGGCCCAGUUUGCCAAGGAGACCUUCCAGUCGGCCGACGAGCGUGUCCUGGUCAUCCGCAAGGACCUGGAGAACAUCCUCCACAACCUGUGCGGCGGCGGCAGUGCGUCGGAGCAAGCAGAGCGUCAGGAGAAGGCAGCUCAGGAGCUGCUUGGUAAUGCCAAGGAGCACGGCCUGGUCAUCCUGGUGUCCGUCAUCACUUCCUGCCUGCAGACGCUGCGCUCCUGCGACUCCAAGCUGGCGGCGCUGGAGCUGAUUCUGCACCUGGCGGGCCGGCUCACCUCCGAGAUCCUGCUGGAUCGCAUUAACCCGUACCUGCUACACUUCUGCAACGACCCGGUACCCCGCGUCCGGGCCGAGGCCGUGCGCACGCUGGCCAAGGUGCUGGCGCUGGUGAAGGAGGUGCCGCGCAACGACGUCAACAUCUACCCGGAGUACAUCCUGCCUGGCAUCGCCCACCUGGCACAGGACGAGGCCACCAUCGUCAGGCUGGCCUACGCAGAGAAUAUUGCGCAUUUGGCUGAGACUGCGCUGCGUUUCCUGGAGCUGGUGCAGGAAAACAACCUGAAUGCUGAGCAUGAUCUAAACGGGGAGGAUGUGGAGGAGACCCUGCACCCAAGUGACAACUACGACUCUGAGCUGCAGGCGCUGCACGAGAUGGUCCAGCAGAAGGUGGUGACGUUGCUAAGCGACCCGGAGAACAUCGUCAAGCAGACGCUGAUGGAGAACGGCAUCACGCGCCUCUGCGUCUUCUUCGGCCGCCAGAAGGCCAACGACGUGCUGCUGUCCCACAUGAUCACCUUCCUCAACGACAAGAACGACUGGCACCUGCGGGGCGCCUUCUUCGACAGCAUCGUGGGUGUGGCGGCCUAUGUUGGUUGGCAGAGUUCGUCCAUCCUGAAGCCUCUGCUGCAGCAGGGCCUGAGUGACGCUGAGGAGUUUGUCAUCUACAAGGCCCUCAACGCCCUGACGUGCAUGUGCCAGCUGGGCCUGCUGCAGAAGCCGCACAUCUACGAGUUUGUCAGCGACAUCGCCCCUUUCCUGUGCCACCCCAACCUGUGGAUCCGCUACGGGGCAGUCGGCUUCAUCACCGUGGUGGCACAGCACCUCAACAUCGCAGACGUCUACUGCAAACUGAUGCCCCAUCUCACACCCUUCAUCACGCAGCCCAUCAUACAGAUUGACAAGGAGAUCGUCCUCCUGAGCGUGCUGAAGGAGCCGGUCAGCCGCUCCAUCUUUGACUACGCACUGCGAUCCAAAGACAUCGCCAGCCUCUUCCGCCAUCUGCUGUUGCGGCAGAAGAAGCGCAACGGCUCCAUCCCAGAGUGCCCCAUUCCUGAAGACCCGGCCAUCGCACAGCUGCUGAAAAAGCUGCUGUCCCAGGGCAUGACGGAGGCUGAAGAGGACAAGCUCCUGGCUCUGAAAGACUUCAUGCUGAAGUCCAACAAGGCCAAGGCCAACAUCACGGUGGACCAGAGCCACCUGAGCGACAGCAAUCAGAGUGGCACCAUUGACCUGGGCACGCUGGGAAUCACAGGGCGCCAGGUGGACCUGGUCAGAGCCAAACUAGAGUCCGAGGACAAGCGAGCUGACCACCUCAGUCCUCCCGCUGCUCGGAAGCACACUAAGCAGGACUCCAAUGUCAACGAGGAGUGGAAGAGCAUGUUCGGCUCUCUGGAACCCCCAGCAUCGGCUCCGGCACCGCCUACUCUGUCAGAGGGCAGCCAACCCAGGAAGUCCUCGACAGCGCCCUCUAGUGUACAGGUGGCGCAGUCGGUGGGCGGCGGAGGAGCGUCGACGUACCGGCGCGUGACGACAUGCAAGGCGGAGCUGCAACAGCUGGUGCAGCAGAAGAGGGAGCAGUGCACCGCCGAGCGCAUGGCCAAACAGAUGAUGGAGAGCGCAGAGUGGGAGAGCCGACCGCCCCCGCCAGGGUGGCACCCCAAAGGCCUGCUGGUGGCUCACCUGCACGAGCACAAGUCGGCCGUCAACCGCAUCCGUGUUUCCGACGAGCACUCCAUCUUCGCCACCGCCUCCAACGACGGCACGGUGAAGAUCUGGGACAGCCAGAAGAUGGAGGGCAAGACCACCACCACCAGGUCUGUGCUGACGUACUCGCGUAUCGGGGGCCACGUGAAGACCCUGUCCUUCUGCCAAGGGUCGCACUACCUGGCCGUAGCAUCAGACAACGGCUCCAUUCAGCUGUUGGCCAUCGAGGCCAACAAGCCCCCCAAAUCACCUAAAGUGCAGCCAUUUCAAACCAGGUUGCUAGACCAAAAAGAUGACGGCUGCGUAGUGGACAUCCACCAUUUUAACUCGGGCGCCCAGUCGGUGCUGGCGUACGCCACGGUGAACGGCUCGCUGGUGGGCUGGGACCUGCGCAGCAACAGCAACGCCUGGACGCUGAAACACGACCUGCGCCUGGGCCUCAUCACCUCCUUCGCCGUGGACAUGCACCAGUGCUGGCUGUGUGUCGGCACGAGCAACGGCACCAUGGCUUGCUGGGAUAUGCGUUUCCAGCUGCCCAUAUCAAACCACUCCCACCCGGCACGAUCACGCGUCAGGAGGCUCCUCAUGCACCCCCUCUACCAGUCCUCCGUCAUCGCAGCGGUCCAGGGUAAUAACGAGGUGUCGAUGUGGGAUAUGGAGACGGGAGACAGGAAGUUCACCCUGUGGGCCAGCUCUGCUCCGCCCCUCUCGGAGAUGCAGCCAUCUCCUCAUAGCGUCCACGGGAUAUAUUGCAGCCCAGCAGAUGGGAACCCUCUCCUCCUCACCGCUGGCUCCGAUAUGAGAAUCAGGUUCUGGGACCUGGCCUACCCUGAGAGAUCGUACAUCGUAGCAGGAGGCGCCCACGACUCCCUCCACUGCCCGUCCGUCUUCUACAACCGCAAGAUCAUCGAAGGCACAGAGGUGGUUCAGGAGAUCCACAGUAAGCAGAAAAGCGGAGCGACAGAGGACGCCCCUCGCCGUGGGCCUGAAUCACUUCCUGUGGGUCACCAUGACAUCAUCACUGACAUCGCCACCUUCCAGACCACUCAGGGCUUCAUCGUCACCUCAUCUAGAGACGGCAUCGUCAAAGUGUGGAAAUGAGGCGCGCACACACACUGCAUUCCACACGACAGGAUGAUAGAAGUAUGGAAGUGAGAUACUGCCUAUUUCCCAAUCUCAAGUGCAUGAGCCUUGAAAGUGUGUCAGUUAGUUACUGCCAGUGAUUGGAUACUCCGCAGAGUUUACCAAAGAUUAUCCAAUCACUGGGCGUGAUUACGAAGGCUGAUACACUUUGAAGGACACACACUAGACAUUGGGAAACGGUCACACACACACAUCCUGUUCCACACAAAUGAGACCCCACCCAACCACACACACACACACACACACACACACACACACACACACACACACACACACACACACACACACACACACACACACACACACACACACACACACACACACAAAUAAAUGAGACCCAGCUUUUCCACACAACAGAAUAGUGAAAGUCUGGAACUCUCCAUCACGGGAUCCUCAAAAGAUGAAAGUGAGACGAGACACCCCCCCUCUUACCUAAUGAUGCAGUCACUGCUCCGCCAUCUCCGCUAAUGCAGUAAGCCUGACUGAAUCUCUGUAUAUUAUUUGUGUAAAGCCAGUUAAUAUAAUGUGAGCUUAUAGGAAUCAUUUGAAAAAUGUUUCUUUUUUGCAAGAUGUGUAAUUUAACAACCAUCAUGACUUGUUCUUAGUAUUACAAAUUUAAACACGGAUCUCUUUGGCACAUAUUUAAAAAUUACUAGUAAUGGAAAAAGACGUUUUCAUGUUUUCAGUGGAAAAAAAAAUGUUUUCAUCGGUGUAGCAGUUGCCUCCAAUGAAUGUGCAGGACCGAUGCUUACAGUACCAUUACGUACAGUGAAGAAUAUCUGUGUGCAGGUGGGCUUGUCUUUGUAACUGCUUUAAACAACAGCAAAUGUGAUGUUAGAUUCUUGCUAACCCAUGAACUAGCCUUGUUGAACACCACCAUCCAAAACUGCUCAAUAUUCUGUACGGUAAAUGUGUUGCAAAGUGAUUUUCCAAGCAACAGAGUGUUGCUUAUAGGUAAUCAUGUCAAUAGCAAAUAAAACUCUGUAUUGACAACA